AACCUUUCUUUUGUUGAGACCCAAAGCGACGAAGCAAAAGGAUGAAGCAAACAAUGUUAGCUCUACUCAUUGCUUUCUUCUCGCAAUUGCUGAUAAUCUCAAACGGAAUCUCAACUCCUCAGUUUUUUCUUCAGCAAAUCAAUUCGGAAAAUAAGUAUUUAACCAAAGAAGAACACUGGUUCAAUCAGACUCUUGAUCACUUUUCUCCCUACGAUCAUCGUACAUUUGGACAGAGGUACUAUGAGUUUCUUGACCAUUUCCGAAUUCCUGAUGGACCGAUAUUUUUGAAAAUUUGUGGAGAAUCUGCAUGCAGUGGGAUACCGAACGAUUACCUCAGUGUUUUAGCCAAGAAGUUUGGAGCUGCUGUCGUUUCUCUUGAGCAUCGGUAUUAUGGGAAGAGUACACCCUUCAAGUCCUUAACAACUGGGAAUCUGAAAUAUCUGUCAUCAAAACAGGCACUUUUUGACUUAGCAGCUUUCAGGAAUUUCUAUCAGGACUCCUUGAACGUGAAACUCAACAGAUCCAAUAUUGAGAACCCAUGGUUUGUCUUUGGUACUUCAUAUUCAGGAGCCCUAAGUGCAUGGUUUCGCCUGAAGUUUCCUCACUUAACUUGUGGAAGCCUUGCAAGCUCUGCAGUGGUUCAAGCAGUUUACAGUUUCUCAGAGUUUGACAAGCAGGUUGGUGAAUCUGCUGGUCCAGAAUGUAAAACAACAUUGCAAGAAAUUACCAAACUAGUAGAAGCAAGACUUGCAUCAAAUCCCAAGGACGUUAAAUCGUUGUUUGGCGCUGAUGAGCUGAGAAAUGAUGGUGACUUCCUGUACUUUGUGGCAGAUGCUGCAGUUACAGCAUUUCAAUAUGGAAGUCCAGACAAACUAUGCAUCCCACUACUUGAAGCAAAGAAGUCCGGGGCAGAUUUAGUGAAUGCAUAUGCCACCUAUGUAAAGGACUAUUACGUUAAGACUUUUGGGGUCAGCGUCAAAACCUACGAUCAGGAAAAUCUGAAGAACACUGUUGUAAAUGGUGAUACUUCUAACCGCUUGUGGUGGUUCCAGGUUUGCACAGAAGUUGCAUAUUUUCAGGUUGCACCCAUGAAUGAUAGUAUUCGCUCUUCUAAAGUUGAUACCAGAUACCAUUUGGACCUGUGCAGGAAUGUCUUUGGAGCCGGUAUCUAUCCUGAUGUUGAUGCAACUAACUUGUACUAUGGAGGCACCAAAAUUGCUGGGUCAAAGAUUGUCUUCACCAAUGGAUCACAGGACCCCUGGCGACAUGCAUCCAAACAGACUUCUUCCCCAGAGUUGCCUUCUUACAUAAUCUCUUGCCAUAACUGUGGCCAUGGAACUGACAUGCGGGGCUGCCCUCAGUCUCCUUUAGUACCUGAAGGUGACGCUAAAAACUGCAGUUCCCCUGAUGCAGUUCGUAAAGUAAGGGAAAAGAUUGUUGAACAUAUAGAUUUGUGGCUAUCUCAGUGCCAGGUUUCAGGUAGGAGUUCAAUGUGAAAACAUCAUCUCAGAGCUAUACAAAUUGACAUAAUACUUUAUGUCCACUAGCUAACCACUAAAUAAUGUACCUCGUCGUGGACAGAUGUAUAGUUGCUCAUCCAUGAACGAUGUCAUCUGUAUGAGUUGAUCUCGU